AUGGCUCAAUUCCCAACUAACGUUACUCCAAAAUACAUUCCAUUCACCAAGGAAAAGAGUGAAAUCGGUGCUUGUGGUGCUCCAGCUGAUUUGGACUUGAAAGAAUUAUUUGACAAAAACACUGUUGUUAUCACCGGUGUCCCAGGUGCUUUCACUCCAACUUGUUCUGAACAACAUAUUCCAGAUUACUUGAAACAUUUGGAAGAUUUCAAAGCUAAAGGUGUUAAGAAAGUCAUUGUUUUAUCUGCUAAUGAUCCAUUUGUUAUGGCUGCUUGGGGUAAAGCUUUAGGUUACACCAACGAAGAAAACUAUGUUGUUUUCGCUACUGAUCCAAAUGGUGCUAUUUCUAAACAAUUGGGUGAAGAUUACGUUGUUGACUUGUCUGCUGUUGGUUUCGGUUUAAGAUUGCAAAGAUACGCUUGUGUUGUUAAAAACGGUGAAAUCACCUACUUGAAGGGUGAAGAAGAAUUAGGUUUCACUGAAAUUUCAAGUGCUGAAACUAUUUUGAAAAACAUUGCCUAA